AUGGAUGACUUCACGGUUGCAGCCACCUCCACCACACUCCUCGACGACUUCGCAAAAAUACCCACAACGGCGUAUACCAUAAAACGCCUAGGAGUGCGUGGGGAUCCGCAUCGCUCCGAACGGUGUGUACAAUGGCAUGGGGAGCGACGACUUCCGCGAGUCGUUCCUGUACAAGCUGGGAGGUUCAGUGAGUACAAGCUGGGCUACAUGCACCUCAUGAUCGGGCUGAGCUUCGGCUUCCACAACAAGGGCAAGACGAUGACGAUUGCGGAGCUGAAGAAGGAGUUCCCGGGACCGAUUAUUGCGAAUGUUGGAUUCGACGCCAACUCGGCAGAGAAGGAGCUGUCCGAGGGCGGAGCAGAAUUGGUCGCGUUUGGAAGGCCGGUCCUCUCAAAUCCGGAUUUGGUCGAGAAGAUGCAGGAGGGGAGGGAAUUACGCCCGAUGCUUCCGAUGGAAUAUUGGUACACGAGUAAGGAAAAUGUAUGGACCAGUGAGGGCUACACAGACCUUAGCGUUAUGGAUGAACCGGUAGAGGCAAAGGAAUAGAUGUGGUAGUUUCCUUCUAGAAGUCCGUGUCGAUUUUAAUUUUGAUUGCAGAAUCCUAAAUGCCGAUGUUUUCAUACACAUCAAGCCUUUUUGUGUGUGUAUCUUUUCGUG